AUGUUCACCACUCCUGGGGCCGCCGAGACAGCGCCCGCCUCGUCGUCAAACACGCUGCGGACGGGUCACGUCUGCGUUGCAUUGAUCCUCGCCGCCGGCGCCGGCUUGGGCGCUCCGCUCCUCUACCUCUUUGCCUUCGACUCGUACGCCCUGCGGCCAAAGGCUGUGGCGUCCCGAAAGGCGCAGUGGAUCCGCUCGGACCCCGCGACGGCGCACUUUGUUGAUGAGGAUGGCCGUGUGCGGCUCUUUCACGGGCUCAACGUGGUCUUCAAGACGGCGCCGCACCUUCCCGACGCGGGCGAAUGGGACGCGGAGACGUCGUUCGGCGAGGCCGAUGCCGCCAACCUGUCGGCGUGGGGGUUCAACGCGAUCCGCUUGGGUGCCGGCAGCAGCGCGCGCGGCUUCGCCAUGGCCCGGCCGACGCCAAGCGAAGCGUUGCUCCCAACGAUAGGCGUCCUCUGGGCGGGAACCUUUCCGGCGCGGCGCGGCGUAGCGGACCCGGGCUACAUCAAGAGGGUGCAGGAGAUUGUGACGGUGUGCGAGGAGCAUGGCAUUCACGUUGUCAUCGACUUCCACUCGGACGUGCUCUCGCGCCGCUUUUGUAUGCCCGACUGGGCCGUCGACGACGCGCUGCGCAACACCAGCCAGCCGCCGCCCUUUGGCGAUUUCCCCUCUCCACUCCUGGGUCUGGAGCCGGCGGCAUUCUUUGACAUCGGGACCGAGGAAGUCAACUCCCGUCGUGGCUGGAACCCGUGGGGAGACGGCAGCGCCGAGCCGCCAUCACCGCCCCCCAGCGAGCCUGCAAACUGCUGGGACGGGUGUGGCGGCGUGGCGGGGCCGUGCGAUGACUAUUGCGGCCCCGGCCAGGCUUGCUGCAAGACGGACUACGAGGCGGCUGGCUGCCCGCGAGCUUGCUGCAAGACGGACUAUGAGGCGGCAGGCUGCCCGCGAGCUUGCUGCAUGACGGACUAUGAGGCGGCAGGCUGCCCGCGAGUCGCUUGCGACGGAAUUGGCGGCUCCGUUGCGUGGCAGAGGGGCGACUGGUGCGCCGUCGAGCUGGCUGGAGAUGCCCAGACUUCGACCGAGGUUUUCAAGUUGCUCGACGCUGCGGGGCUGUACCCGCAGCUGAAGGAGUGCACGAACCGCGACUUUUUCGAGUACUACAGCACAAACUCGCAGACGAAGACGGCGCAGGCGCUGUACACGGACGGCGGCGGCGUCCGACGCGCCUUCGAGGAGCACUGGGCCCACGUCGCCGAGGCGCUGGCGGACGAGCCGGCGGUGCUCGCGCUCGAGCUCAUGAACGAGCCGUGGCCCGGCGACACCAAUGACCCCGGUAACUACUCCCUCUUCAUGUCUUGGUGGUUCAACUCGCCCGCCGCCGAAAGGGACCUGCUGCUGCCCUUUUACCGGCACGUGGUCGCCGCCAUCCGCGCCGUCAAUAAGCGGCACAUCGUGGCGUACGAGCCGGUCAUGUGGGACGUGUGGUCGUCUGGCUUCUUGGGCGAGCGGCUCGAGCCGGACGAGCCGGACGAGUCGCGCGAGGCCUUCUCGUGGCACUCGUACUGCUGGUGGGCGCCGAACGUGACUCCGCACCUCUCCUUCUUGUGCGCGAUCUACCACCGCCACCUCUUCGCGGUGCAGGACUUCUCGGCCAAGCAGCAGCGCAGCGGCUCGCUGCUCUCCGAGUACGGCUCGCUCGGAUCGACCGGCGCCGACUGCGCGGACCGGCACGGCUCGGCCUGCCUCGCGGAGAUUGCGCGCGCCGGCACCGUCGCCGACGAGUUUCUGGUCUCGCGCUUCUAUUGGCAGUACAAGAACUUCGAGGACCACACGUCGUCCGGCGGCGGCUUCUCCCUCUACCCGAAGGACGGGCUCCUCGCCGAGGAGAAGCUGCGCGUCAUCGCCACGCCGUUCGCGCAGGCCGUCGCAGGGCGGCCGCUGCUCAUGGUGUGGAGCGCCGGGUGGCGAGUGAUGGUCCUCGAGUACGAGGCGGCCGACGCCGACUCGGACGAGGGGCGCACCACCGAGGUCCACCUCGCCGCCCCGCUCCACUUUCCGGACGGGUUUGCCGUUCUCGUGUCGAAGCUGGAGCCGCGCGAGUACCUCGACCAGACGGCUGCUGCGGCGGGUGCGGCUUCGGGCGCGAGGAGACUCGCGGCCGAGGAGGCGGCACCGGGUGCGGCGGACGCGCCCGCCUCCCUUGGGCACAUCGAGCAGGUGGGGAGCUCGCGGCUGCGCAUCCGGCACCCUCGCGGCGUGGCGGGGCAGCGGCUGCUCGUGUGCGUGGUGCCGUGCGACGACUACCACAAGGAGUUCUGUCCCGGCGGCGUGUCCGCCGAGGGCGGCGACGCGGCGGUCUGGCUCUCCUUGUGGCACCCUUGCAUCUGGCGGUCUCGCGCGCAGACCGUCUACGUCGUGCUCUGCUCGGCGGUGAUGACGACGCUCGCCAUGACGGCGGUGUCGCUCCUCCAGAUCCGCCGCCACUCGCGCACGACGCAGCAGCCCUUGGCGGGCGGACACUUGCCACGCUCCUACAGGCUGCUGCUCGCCACCGCCGCCUCUGUGCAGCUCGUCGGCGCGCUCGCCGCGACCGGCUGCCCGUACAAUGACGACCCGUGGCGGUGGGCUGUCUUUGUCGGGAUCGGCCCGUUCCUCCUCGCCUACGUCUCUCUCGCCACCGGAGCGCAGGGCCCGAUGAUCUGCGCCAUCCUGGGCAUCUUCGCCAUCCUCUGGCGCGCGACGUGGUGCUUGCACUACAUGGUCGGCGUCGACUCUGUGCUCAAGCUCGCCGCUAUCCGCCUGCUUGUCUUCCUGCUCGCGGCCGGCUUGCUCAUCGAGGUGCUGGUGAGCCUGCCCAAGCGCUCCUACUACGCUCUCUUCAAGCUGCUGGCGACGAGGCCCGACGCCACGACGCCGCCGACGCCCCGCGGCGCCACGGGCCGCAGGGUCAUCCUGGCCUUCCUCGCGUUCACACUCACGCUGGCCUUUUGCUCCGCCGUGGCCGCCGGCCUCACGGGCAUCAUCGUGCUGCUCGUCGACCCCGUGCCCGCCAUCCUCGUGCCGUUCGUCACGACGGCCGGCUUCAUCGGCUUCGUCGUGGGCCUCCCGAUCGGCGGCUAUCUGGCGCACUACAUCGUGCGGCGCUCGGGCCGCGCCGAGGCGGAGGAGGAGGAGGACUCAAGCAGCUGGUCGGCGGGCCCGCUGUCGCGGCCGCGCGGGUUCUCAAUCCUGCUCUGGUGA